AUGGCAACUGCAGCUGUUAUUCAUCCUCUUAUUCAGUGGGCACAACGAGAGAAAUGUCUUUAUUUAACAGUGGAAAUUGAUAAAAUAAACGAAUUAAACGUCACUGAGAAAUCGAUUAAAGUCAAGGGUCAUUAUGGUGAUAAUAAAACACUUUAUGAAGCAGUCGUUGAUUUAUAUGCAAAUAUAAAUCCCGAAUAUCGAAAGAUUGAUAAUAAUCGCCAUCUAGAAUUGGUUAUUCAAAAAACCGAACCAGCAUGGUGGCCGCGUCUUUUGGAAAAACAAAUUAAAGUUUAUAUUUUCUUUUUUUUAUAG